GGGAGUGCAGUCUCCCACAUGUGGCUUGGAAUUGAAACGUAAUCAUGCGGUUCAAAUCUCGGUAUUUGCUGUGUGAGCUAGUGCUGGAGGAUCCUCGGUGGAGACAGAACAUCUCGCACGGGACAAUUGUGUAUAACGUAAGGGAAGCUGUAGCCCGCACUCAUGGGGACUUCGGAGCCGCAGCCUGCGCUGUAUCCUUGUCAGUGAAAUACCUUAAUGUAUACACUGGAGUUGUUCUUCUUCGGUGUCGGAAGGAUUUUUACCAGCUCCUGUGGUCUUCUCUACCUUUCAUUACUAGCUUGGAUAAUAGAGGCCAGCGCAUUCCUUGUUUCAUAAAUACAUUGCAUGUUGGAGGUACAAUACGCACUUGUCAAAAAUUCCUUAUUCAAUACAACAAAAAUCAAUUGCUACAGUUACUGAAGAAUUGCACCAAUGCUGCGGAGAAAGAAGCUAUCCGCCAAUCAUUACAAAGCUGUUCCUUACAGAGCUUGGAAGAACCCGAAUUUGUUUUUAGCAAAAGUGAGGACAAUGAAUGAUGCAGCUGGUGAAGAAAUUGCAUUGAUUUGGGAUAGUUAUGAAUACAGCCCAGAAAUACAAUGUUUAGAAAUGAGGGUCAGAUCAGAACUGCUGAAGUGCAGAAUGCAGACCUAACCACUCAGUUUUGGGUAUUUUACUGGUUUUUUUAGAUGUAAUUUUCGUUGAAUGGACAGGUUUUGAGCAAACACAUAAUACAUUUUACUGAAACAGUAUAUAAGUAUGAAAGAAAAUGCUAAGUAAAUGGUACAAAGAUAUAUAUUUGUGCCAGACUUGAGUUGUCAUGCACUCCAGUUAUUGAAGGGUAGGUUACCUUUCAGUUCACCUUUGGUAGGUUAUAAAUUGUUUUUUGCCUAUUAGCCCAACAUUCUGGUCAUAGACAGUUCAUAGACAGUUCACUUAUAUUGGUGCCUUUUAUUAGCUCCCAGGCUGUUUACAUAUGUAGUGUGCUCAUUUUUGUAAAAAUAUAUAUGAGUUAUGCUAAUCAAUGUAAUAAAUUAUUUAUUUUCAUUAUUACCUCCAAAUAAAAUUAAAAACAUAACA